GGCCUCUUCCCUGCAGAAAGAUCAGAGGGGGAAGACCGACCGGAGCCGCGCGCGGUCGACCGAUCCAUCCGAGUCGAAGUGGGGAUGGCUCUGGCCAGAUUGGCGUUUCCCCUCUUCCUCCUCCUCGCCGCGGCGGAGUUCGCAGCGGCGACGCGGUCGCCGUCGGCCUUCGUGCAGAACGCCAUCUACUCCAACCGCAUCACCAUCUUCUCGAAAACCUACUGCCCGUACUCCAUGCGUGCUAAGCGCAUAUUUCGAGAUCUCAAGGAAGAUCCAUUUGUUGUUGAACUUGACCUCCGAGAGGAUGGACGUGACAUUCAAAGUGUUCUCCUAGACCUAGUUGGGCGCCAUACUGUGCCACAGGUAUUUGUGAAUGGCCAGCAUGUUGGUGGCUCAGAUGAUACGGUAAAUGCUCUUUCAAAUGGACAGCUUGAGAAACUCCUUGGGAAGAGUCAGUCACAGUGAUGGAUCUCUGGACAAGUUUGCACUGUCGAGAACACGUAAGUGACUUCAUACAUAUGUACGGGAGGGUGUUCAUCUCUGUUUAGCACCGCACAGAAUGUUGUAGCUCAUAUGCCUGAUGUUUUUUGUUUUCAUGGUAGUGUCGUGACAACAAUCUGUAUGUACUGGGUAUGUGCGAUCUGCUCAAUUACAUGUACAAUCUUUUCUACUUCCAUGUCUCUUUUCUAUGAAUGGAAUAUCGUUGGUUUACCUUGAUCAA